CAUUGGGGUAUUGGUGUUGAGGUAAUAGCAACGGAGUGAAAAUAGUCAGUCUUUGCCGGUUGCUUCAUACACAUGGUCAUUUGUUACGUGGAAGGAGUAUUUCAUUUUUUACUGACAGUCCAAUAUAAAUAAAUUUCGACCAGGUCAACAAUGCGUUUGUUCAAAUACUCAAUCAUACCUGCCGGGUUAAAUCAACUUGUUAGAAAUUUUGCAGUCAUGAGCGGAAAUUUAGACUACAAAUCUGCUACGUCUAUCUACGACUUUGAAGCUAAAUCCAUCAAAGGGGAAAACGUACCUUUGUCAAACUACAAAGGACAUGUUUGUUUGAUUGUCAAUGUUGCUUCUAAAUGUGGAUUGACAGCAACGAAUUAUAAAGAACUGAAUGAACUUUAUGAUAAAUAUGCUGAAUCACAUGGUUUACGGAUUUUAGCAUUCCCUUGCAAUCAAUUUAACGGUCAAGAGCCUGGUGAUAGUGAGGAGAUUUGUAGUUUUGCAGACCGUCAAAAAGUUAAAUUCGAUCUAUUCGAAAAAAUUGAUGUCAAUGGUGAAAAUACACAUCCUCUUUGGAAGUACUUGAAAAAGGAGCAAAAAGGUUCUCUUGGAAACUUCAUUAAAUGGAAUUUCACUAAAUUCAUUGUCGACAAAAAUGGCAAAGUUGUGGAACGUCAUGGACCCAAUGUGGAUCCUAGUAAAUUGACAUCACAUUUGGAGAAGUACUUUUGAAAUAACACAACCUAUCAUUAUUCUCAAAGCACGGUUGUAGUAUAGGAAUUUAGUUAUAAAAAGUUUUUGAACAAAUUUUUUACAAGCAUUUGAAUUGUGUAAAACAAUUUUUUAAUUUAUUAUAAAUAUUUUGUUGAUAAUAUUUCAACUAUUGUUAUGACACAUAAUUUUCUUAAUAUUUAUCAUACACAUUCAAUAUACGCUUAAUAUAUUUUCACAAUUGAUAAAUUUUUAUUCCUGUAUCAAUUGUAUUUGCUAUUGAUAAUUAAAUAAAACUAAAACUAAUUUUAUACGCACUGCAACCAUAUUGAGACUUUAUAUUCUUGUAAAAAAUGCAUCCAAUAAAAUGU